AUGGCUUCCUCGUGGUGCUGGAAUUGCCUCUCGAGGCUUCGUCCGUUGUCGCGAGCACUCACUGCGCCGUCCGCAACGCCCCGGAUUUCGAGCGCCCCCUUCCACUCCACCGCCGUGCAGUAUGCCCAGCCGGCUAAGAAGAAGGGAGGCAGCUUGACUGUCAUGAAGCACAGACAGUCAACCAGUUUGAGAAGGAAGAAGAAGAAGGUCACUGAACGCUCGCGUCCGCCGGCCGUCGGUGAGCGCAAGGCUUUGCGGAAACGCAUUGUCCUCAGCAACCCUAAUGCUCUCGAGGUUGAGGGCAUGUUGGAUCUCUCCCCUGAGACUAUGGUUGAUUCCCGUCUCCGUGGUACUGUUCUGGGACUGCCUGUGCCUAUGAUUGACCGAUUGAGAGCAGUGCAAGCGUUCAAGCCCAAGCAGGGCUGGUCGAUAUUCCGCCGGCCUGGAACAGUUCUCCGCCGUGAUACCAUUGAGAUGGGCCGUUUGUUUGAGCAGAUCUCUGGGGAGGGUGACAAUGCCCAGAAGGGCAAGGUUGUCAAGAAAAUUGUUACUGGUAUGAAGGGAUCUGGCAAGACCGUACAUCUGCUGCAGGCUAUGACCAUGGCUUUCUUGAAGAAUUGGGCUGUUGUCGCUAUUCCUGAUGCUCGCGACCUCGUGUCCGGCGGCACCGCCUAUGCCGCCAUCGAAGGCUCCAACCCGACCCAGUAUGUCCAGCCCAACGCGACCUCGGCUCUAUUGUCUCGCACCGUCGACGCAAACCGGGAGCUUCUGGCUAGCCUGAAGGUCUCCCAGAAGCAUCCCAACUUGAAGAUGCUGAAGCCCAACUCCACCCUCGAAGACCUUGCCAAGCUUGGCUUCACUGAUCCUGCUGUCUCCUGGGCGGUCUUCCAAGCUCUCUGGACCGAGCUUACUGCCACUGCCCCCGCUGAGGGUCUGGAGAAGAACUUCCAACCUCGUCCUCCCAUGCUUGUCACCGUGGAUGGUUUGGCACACUGGAUGACAGAGAGUGCCUAUCGCUCCGCUGAUUACAAGCUGAUUCACGCCCACGAUCUGUCAUUCGUCAACCACUUCCUUUCAUUGCUGAAGGACGGUGACUCCCUCAAGAACGGCGGUCUCCUCCUUUACUCCACCUCAUCCUCGAACAACCCUAACCCCGAGGGUUUCAAGAUUGCCUUGGACCGUCUGGCCGCCCGUCGGGCCGGCAUCAGCCCUUCCUCGCCCGAGUACCCGCAUCUGUCAGCUUACAGCGAUGCGGAUCCUCGCGUGCUGGACUUGUUCCAGUCCGCCGAGAAGUCACUCGAAUUGCAGACACUGAGCGGCCUCACCCGUGAGGAGACUCGUGGCUUCAUGGAGUACUUCGCCCGCAGCGGUUUGCUGCGUGAGAUUAUCAAUGACCAGUGGGUGAGCGAGAAGUGGAGCCUGUCUGGCGGUGGUGUUAUCGGCGAGCUCGAGAAGCUCGGUCGUCGUGUUCGUGGCACUGUGUCUGCUUCGAAAUAG